AGCUGGAUGAAAUCCGGGAGGCGUUCCGAGUGCUGGACAGGGAUGGGAAUGGCUUCAUCUCCAAGCAGGAGCUGGGCAUGGCGAUGCGCUCGCUGGGGUACAUGCCCAGUGAGGUGGAGCUGGCCAUCAUCAUGCAGCGCCUGGACAUGGAUGGGGAUGGCCAGGUGGAUUUCGAUGAGUUUAUGACCAUCCUGGGCCCCAAGCUGGUGUCGUCAGAGGGCAGGGAUGGCUUUCUGGGGAACACAAUAGACAGCAUAUUCUGGCAGUUUGACAUGCAGAGGAUAACGCUGGAGGAGCUGAAGCACAUCCUGUACCACGCCUUCCGCGACCACCUCACGAUGAAGGACAUCGAGAACAUCAUCAUCAACGAGGAGGAGAGUCUCAACGAGAACUCUGGCAACUGCCAAACAGAGUUUGAAGUGCACGCCCAGAAGCAGAACAGACAGACCUGCGUGCGGAAGAGCCUUAUCUGCGCCUUCGCCAUGGCCUUCAUCAUCAGCGUCAUGCUGAUCGCGGCCAACCAGAUCCUGAGGAGCGGGAUGGAGUAGCCCCUGGCCAUGCCACUGUGACCCAAGCUGCCCAUGCAUGUGCAUGCCCACCUGGGGGACCUCCCCCUGGCCCGACUCCACACGGCAAAGAGACACAGGCAGGCAAAGCACCACUCGAGCGGGAGCCCGAGGCCAGCGGCGUAAACGUGUCUUGUGAAUCAACCACAUCCUUUUUGGCAGGGACAUCAAAGGGCUGUCUUAAUGCUUUAAAGGUUUUGUUUCCUAAUGCAAUAAAAAAACACCCCCCCCAAUCACCCCCAUAUAGAGGAGUCCCAAAUUAUUGCUUCAAAACAGCGAUGGUGACUCGGAAGGGACUUGGAUCCAGCAGCCUGUGUGGCAGUUUUGAGGAGGCACAGCCUCAGGACUUACUGCAGUGGGGCUGUCUUUGAACCAGGGGCCCACUGACUGUCCCACUGGGCCCACAUUCCCAGGAAGUUGAUCGUAGCAUUGCCACAAGCAAGUCUCAUUUGUUUGAUUUCACCUCCUCCAGCUCCACUUUCUUUUCCCUUAUGACCAUGCCAUGGAGUUCACGGCAUCAGAGGGGAGCCAGAGCAUCUUGUACAGUAUUUUCUGAGGAAAAAAAAAAAA